AUGGGAACAAAGGUCGGAUGGGUUCCAUCUGGUCCUGUAACAGAUCCUGUGAAUGAGAAAACCAGUGUUAACUUGGUGAACACGCAUGUUCUGAAUUUUGCAACACAACAACUGACCCCUGAUGUGACAGAUAUGACACAAGAAUUACGACGAUUGUCUGAAAUAGAAUCAUUAGGCGUUUUCCCCAAUGACGAGUCAGUCUAUGAGAAAUUCACACAAUUAAUCAAGCUGAAAGAUAAACGAUACGAAGUGGAAUUGCUAUGGACGGAAUUUCAUCCUGUCCUUCCUGACAACCACCAACAGAGCGAAAAACGGUUGAAGCAUCUACUAACACGAUUGAGAAAGGGUCCAGAGAUACUGCCAGAGUAUGACAAUGUCAUAAAGGAGCAACUAAAGGAAGGAAUUGUGGAAGUAUCCGAUGAGCAACACCCUGGAGAAAUUGGUAAGGUUUGUUACCUUCCGCGCCACGCAGUAAUACGAAGAGACAAAUCCACAACGAAGAUGAGAAUUGUAUAUGAUGCCUCGGCAAAAGAAAUGGACCAUCUUUGAACGACUGUCUAUAUACAAGUCCGGCAUUGGCCCAGAACAUACUUGAUAUUCUUCUUCGGUUCCGUUGUCACAAAGUCUCUCUUGUUGGGGAUAUUGAGAAGGCCUUUCCUAUGCUGCUGAUCCAAGAAUCCGAUCGAGAUGUUGUACGUUUUUUAUGGGUGGAUGACAUUAAAAAUCACAACCCAAAGAUCACAACGCUAUGAUUUACAAGAGUGGUAUUUGGAGUUUCCUCAAGUUCCUUCCUCCUGAACGCAACAGCUAAGCACCAUAUGGAACAGUAUCGAAACAUUGACCCAGAAUUUGUUGAAAAAAAUCUUUGAAUCCAUUUACGUUGACGACUUAAACGCAGGUGAUAAAAACGACACCGAAGCGUUCCUGCUUUAAAAAAAAAUGGAAGAUUCGACUCGCAGGAGGAGGAUUUAACUUGAGAAAGUUCUUCUCGAACUCACCUACAUUGAUGAACCGAAUAAAUGAGAAUAAAGCCAAUUUGCUUGCAGACUGCAAUGAUGAACAGGAUACUCUCCAAACCAGUGAAGGUAUUAAUCAAGGUGAAUCGAGAUCAAGCCAAACAUUGAGAAUGGAACAUGACCAGUCAUACACAAGGGAGACAACUCAAGACUUGUCCGAACCAGUCGAGAAAUGUGAACAAAAGAUUUUUGGAGUUAAAUGGAAGUAUCAAGAGGACUGUUUUGUGUGUGAUUUUGGACCAAUUGCACAGGCAGCAAAGAAAUGCGAACCAACGAAGAGGAAUAUCAUCAGUAUCGCAUCGAAAUUCUAUGAUCCUCUUGGAUUUAUCUCACCCACCAUUGUGCAAAGGAAGCUAUUAUUUCAGAUCUGGUGUGACAGUGGAAUUGAUUGA